AUGGCCACAGCAACAACCGCAUCGAAUACGACGCCGAAAGAAGCCGAGCCGGUGCUAUCGAUAGAUCCGGAUGCAGCACAUUUUCUGAUAAGUGGUGGUAAAUCCGAGCAUAUGCUAGUCAACACAGGCGAGAAGCGGGUCGCAGUUAAGGCCAGUUGCAAUUAUCAUCCAGUUUGCCCGGUCUAUAUGUUCGUUGAGGCGGGUUCAUGCAACAACCUUGUCAUCACCAGGCUUCCAGGACCAGCCAAAGUCGACAAGUUGGUAUUCCAUUAUGUGACUUGCAACGAGCGUGACAUCGAUCCCAAAGAUGUUUUCAAAAAGAAGACCAAACCGGACGCUAUCAAAUUACCCAUGGAUACUAUUACACCCGACGAUGUGCUCCAGGUUCAUCAUCCAUCAUUCGCCGAGCAAUGUGGAUCGCUGUUCCGAAGCCAUUUUCAUCCUGAAAAACGGAAUUCACCAUCCACAAAACUGCCCUCAUCCAGAAUUUCAUUGCAUUCCGGAAAAUCAAAAUCGAGCUUCUCACUUUCUGAAUUUCAUUUAAGCGUUAUGAAAGCUAUGGGAGCAAUGCCGCAAUUAUCGAAGAAAUGA